AUGGCGGCGGCGGCGGCCGGCCCCGGGACGGCGCUCUCCCCGCGGCCGUGCGACAGCGACCCGGCCACCCCCGGAGCGCCGUCCCCGAAGGAUGAUAAUGAAGAUAAUUCAAAUGAUGGGACCCAACCAUCCAAAAGGAGGCGAAUGGGCUCAGGAGAUAGCUCUAGGAGUUGUGAGACUUCAAGUCAAGAUCUUGGCUUUAGCUACUAUCCAGCAGAAAAUUUGAUAGAGUACAAAUGGCCACCUGAUGAAACAGGAGAAUACUAUAUGCUUCAAGAACAAGUCAGUGAAUAUUUGGGUGUGACCUCCUUUAAACGGAAAUAUCCAGAUUUAGAGCGACGAGAUUUGUCCCAUAAGGAGAAACUCUACCUGCGGGAGCUGAAUGUCAUCACAGAGACGCAGUGCACUCUAGGUUUAACAGCAUUGCGCAGUGAUGAAGUGAUUGAUUUAAUGAUAAAAGAAUAUCCGGCCAAACAUGCUGAAUAUUCUGUUAUUUUACAAGAAAAAGAACGUCAGCGAAUUACAGAUCAUUAUAAAGAGUAUUCUCAAAUGCAACAACAGAAUACUCAGAAGGUUGAAGCCAGCAAAGUGCCUGAGUACAUUAAGAAAGCUGCCAAAAAAGCAGCUGAAUUUAACAGCAACUUAAACCGGGAACGUAUGGAAGAAAGAAGAGCUUAUUUUGACUUGCAGACACACGUUAUCCAGGUACCUCAAGGGAAGUACAAAGUGUUACCGACAGAGCGAACCAAGGUCAGUUCUUACCCAGUGGCCCUCAUCCCCGGACAGUUCCAGGAAUAUUACAAAAGGUACUCACCAGAUGAGCUGCGGUAUCUGCCACUGAACACCGCACUUUACGAGCCCCCUCUGGAUCCUGAGCUCCCGGCCCUAGACAGCGACGGCGAUUCGGAUGAUGCCGAGGAUGGUCGAGGCGAUGAGAAACGGAAACAUAAAGGCACUUCGGACAGCUCCUCCGGCAACGUGUCUGAAGGGGAAGGCCUUCCCGACAGCCAGGAGGAGCCUCUCCAGGGAAGACAGAGAUCCAAGGACAAAGCUGCUACUCCAAGAAAAGAUGCUUCCAAACGUUCUGUACUGUCCAAGUCAGUCCCUGGGUACAAGCCAAAGGUCAUUCCAAAUGCUCUAUGUGGAAUUUGUCUGAAGGGUAAGGAGUCCAACAAGAAAGGGAAGGCUGAAUCACUUAUACACUGCUCCCAGUGUGAUAACAGUGGCCAUCCUUCUUGCCUGGAUAUGACCAUGGAGCUUGUUUCUAUGAUUAAGACCUACCCAUGGCAGUGUAUGGAAUGUAAAACUUGCAUUAUAUGUGGACAACCCCACCACGAAGAAGAAAUGAUGUUCUGUGAUGUGUGUGACAGAGGUUAUCAUACUUUUUGUGUGGGCCUUGGUGCUAUUCCAUCAGGUCGCUGGAUUUGUGACUGUUGUCAGCGAGCCCCCCCAACACCCAGGAAAGUGGGCAGAAGGGGGAAAAACAGCAAAGAGGGAUAAAAUAUGGAUUUAAAUGAAAUAUUUGGUGCCAACUUACUUACAUUCUCAAUUUUAUGCCAAUAAAAGAUUUCUGAAAUUAACUACA